AGCACAUACAUAUCAUCUACAUAUCCGAAACCCCUUGUAAUAAAAAUCAAAUCACCGUCGACUACCAUCCAUCAAACCCAAACUUAAAAAAAAGCCCUGAAAAAUCAAAAUGAUGAACCCCCACGUAGCCAAACAGACCCAUCCCUGCCAGACUCUCUUCCCACUGCACAAGCCAUUCGUCCAUGUCAGCUGUAGCUGGAAUGGUUCGGUAUUUACAAAACCCUCCUCCUACUUCCCUAAGAAACAGAAUAAAAGGAGGGUUCGGAUUGGCUUCAACCCUAGCACCAUAAAAGCUGUUGUAACUCCUAGCACUGCCACCGAAAAGUCUGUCAAUGUUAAAGCCAUUCUGACCGUACAACGUACGGUCGGAGGGUUUUUGUCAAACAUUGGUAUUGAGCGAGGACUUGAUGAUAUUAAGGAUGUGCUCGGCAAAUCUCUGCUUCUUGAGCUUGUUAGUGCUGAGCUUGACCCCAAAACUGGACAAGAGAAGAGAACGAUCAAAGGAUUCGCGCACAAAACCGACCGGGAUGGUGAGUUGGAGUUGGUGACGUACGAAUCAAGCUUUGAAAUUCCAGCAGAAUUCGGAAGGGUUGGUGCAGUUAUAAUAGAGAACGAGCACCACAAGGAGAUGUUUCUCAAAGAUAUCGUGUUGGAUGGCUUCCCUGACGGUCCCGUCAGUCUCAGUUGCAACUCUUGGCUUCACUCUAAGUAUGACAACCCUCGUAAUAGGGUCUUCUUUACCAACAAGUCAUACUUGCCAUCAGAAACACCAAGUGGAUUAAGGAGAUUGAGAGAAGAAGAGCUGGUAAUAUUGAGAGGGAAUGGGCAAGGAGAGCGCAAGAAGUCUGAGAGGAUAUAUGAUUAUGAUGUAUACAACGAUCUUGGUGAUCCUGAUAGUAAUGCCGAUCUCAAAAGACCUGUUCUCGGUGGCAAAGACCAACCCUAUCCCAGACGCUGUAGGACUGGCCGACCACGCUGUGAAACUGAUCCACUAUCGGAGUCAAGAAGUAGUGACUUUUAUGUGCCACGGGAUGAAGCAUUCUCGGAAGUAAAGCAGCUAACGUUUUCAGCAAAGGCGGUAGAUUCGGUACUGCAUGCAUUAUUGCCGUCUUUAGAGACGGCCAUAAUAGACACUGAGCUUGGAUUCCCAUACUUCACAGCCAUUGAUACCCUGUUCGACGACGGCGUUAUUCUGCCUCCCCUUAAGGAAAAAAGCUUUCUCAAGACCAUCGUCCCCAGAAUUGUCAAGGCUUUAAGAGAUACCGAUGACAUUUUGCAAUUCGAACCCCCCGAGCCUAUGGCCAGGGACAAGUUCUUUUGGUUCCGGGAUGCCGAAUUUGCCAGGCAAACUCUCGCCGGUCUCAAUCCUUGCUCCAUCCAGUUAGUCACCAAAUGGCCAUUGAAGAGUGAAUUGGACCCAGAGAUCUACGGCCCUCCUGAAUCAGCAAUCACGACUGACAUGGUAGAGCAAGAGAUCAGAGGUUUUAUGACCGUUGAAGAGGCAAUAAAGCAAAAGAAGCUGUUUACAUUGGAUUACCAUGAUCUGCUAUUACCAUACGUGAGCAAAGUAAGAGAGCUGAAAGGCACAACGCUGUACGGAUCUCGGACACUGUUUUUCCUGAACCCAGAUGGCACAUUGAGGCCUCUGGCCAUCGAGCUCACUCGCCCUAAAAUUGGCGAUAAGCCUCAGUGGAAGCAAGUUUUCACACCCUGUUGGCAUGGCACCGGCAUCUGGCUUUGGAGACUUGCCAAAGCCCAUGUCCUUGCCCAUGAUUCUGGUUACCACCAACUCGUUAGUCACUGGCUAAGGACACAUUGCGCCACAGAGCCUUACAUAAUCGCCACCAAUCGGCAACUGAGUGUGAUGCACCCAAUCUAUAGACUAUUGCACCCACAUUUCAGAUACACAAUGGAGAUUAAUGCUCUUGCUCGACAAGCUCUAAUCAACGCUGGCGGCAUUAUCGAAUCCUCAUUCUCCCCUGGCAAAUACUCCAUAGAGCUAAGCUCUGUUGCCUACGACAGGCAGUGGCAGUUCGAUCUACAAGCCUUGCCUGCUGACCUUAUCAGCAGGGGAUUGGCCGUGGAAGAUCCAACCGCUCCACACGGUCUCAAGCUAACAAUUGAAGACUACCCUUUUGCCAACGACGGUCUGGUCCUAUGGGAUUCCAUCAAACAAUGGGUCUCCGACUACGUCAACCACUACUAUUCCGGUGCGGCACAAAUCCAGUCGGACGAAGAGCUGCAAGCAUGGUGGACGGAGAUCCGAACCGUAGGUCACGCGGACAAGAAGGACGAACCGUGGUGGCCAGAGCUGAACACACCUCAGGACCUGAUAGACAUCAUCACCAUCAUCGUUUGGGGCGCGUCAGGUCACCACGCGGCAGUCAACUUCGGACAGUACGCGUACGCUGGCUACUUCCCAAAUCGCCCCACUGUCGCGAGGACUAACAUGCCCACGGAGGAACACUCGAAGGAGGACUGGAACAACUUCUUGAAGAGACCCGAAGGGGCGCUUCUGCAAUGCUUCCCUUCUCAGAUCCAAGCGACAAAAGUGAUGGCAGUUUUGGAUAUUCUGUCGAACCAUUCCCCGGAUGAAGAGUACCUUGGGGAUCAGUCGGAGGCUGCUUGGGAUGAAGAUCCUGUUAUAAAGGCCGCCUUCGAACGCUUCAAUGGCAGGUUGAGGGAGUUUGAAGGCAUUGUUGACGAAAGGAAUGCUGACAACGAUUUGAAGAACAGAAGUGGAGCUGGUGUUCUUCCUUAUGAGCUUUUGAAGCCGUUCUCUGAGCCUGGCGUCACUGGGAAAGGUGUUCCCUAUAGCAUCUCCAUUUGAAAUUAUCGGGCCUCAUGCUUACCUGAUAUUUUCACCCAAUUUUAGUGGCUGUUAAAAAAAAUUUAACAGUGAGAGCAUCUUUAAAGAAGCUCUUUAAAACAAUAUUACCUUUUUAAUGAUAAAACUCUUUAAAAUUAGAGUACCUUUUUAAUAAUAAAAAUGAUCUUCUAAAAUAAA